CUCCAUCUCGAACUCAUCUUUCGAUUGAUUCGCCGCUGCAUUUGCGCGCGAUGAGCACAGGUUUUGUUGGGGGCCAGAAGUAGAACUGGGUCAAUUUUGUCCUACCACAAAUCCUCUGCUCGUGAUUGAAAUGCUGGGUUUUCUGAUCGAGGGUUAUGCCAGUUUUGUUCCAUAGCUGCUGGCGGUUCUCUUCCGAUGUGGAAAGAUCGUCCAAAGGCGGAAUGGCAACAGGCCGUUGUUCAUUUCGAAGAGUUUAUCCGGGCUUCUGCUCUCGAUUUCCUUUUCUUCAUUUUGAGCUAAUACCUUUCCUUUUCAAAAAUAAGGAGCGAUUCAAUAUUUGACUAUUUGGGGGGAUUAAUUUUGUUUGGAAGCAACCAAGGACUUCCAAGAGCACACCGCACUUGAUUUUCCGAAGCAGUACACGGCAUUCUCAAUGCUCUUAGGAAAAAAAACACGAUUGAUUCCGACGAGCGCCUCGAGGAGCAACCCAUGAUGCACGGGAAUGGGCACGGCCGCGUCCACCCGGCGGCGUCCAGCUCCGACUUCUCCGGCGAGAUGAACCAGUCGGUGUCCGCGCCAUCCUCCGACCCUUCCUCCAGCCCGCUCUACAGCUUCCACUUCGAGAAGCCCGUUCCGCAGCAGCCGCCGGCGGCGAAGCCCGGCGAGUACGUGGUGCAGGUGCCCAAGGACAAGGUCUUCCGCGUCCCGCCGCCCGAGAACGCGCGCCUCUUCGAGCACUACACCCGCCGCGCCAAGCGCCGCCGCCGCUGCUCCUGCGUCCGCGUCUGCACGUGCCUGCUCGCCGCGAUCCUCGCGCUCGCCGUCGUCCUCGCCGCGGCCGCUGGCGUCAUGUACCUCGUCUUCAGGCCCAGGCGGCCGGCGUACACCGUCCAGGCGCUCGCCGUGUCGGGCCUCGCCGGCGUCGGGAACGCCUCUGCUCCUGCCGCGUUCUCGCCGGGGUUCGACGCCACCGUGCGCGCCGACAACCCCAACGGAAAGAUCGGCGUGCACUACGAGGGGGGCAAGAGCCGCGUCUCCGUGUCGUACGACGGCGUGCUCCUCGCCGACGGCGCGUGGCCGGCGUUCUACCAGGGGCCCCGGAACGUGACGGUGUUGGUGGCGAAGGCGAAGGGGUCCGGGAUACGGUUCUCGCAGAGCGUGCGCGGGCAGAUGGCCGCGGCGGAGCGGCUCCGGUCGGUGCCGUUCGACGUGGACGUCGAGGUGCCCGUGCGGCUGCAGCUCGGCAGCGUGAAGACGUGGGCCGUGCCGGCGCGGGCGCGCUGCACCGUGGCGGUCGACAGGUUCGCCGCCGACGCCAAGGUGGUGUCCACGUCGUGCCACGUCAAGGUGAGCCUCCUGUCCUGGAGCAUCUGAGCUAGUGGCUUUGUCAUCAGUGCAUUAGGAGAGCAUUUCUUGGCUGUGCCGGGAUAAAUUUUGCUCCUCGUUUGUAAGUUGGUUUGAUGGAGUAAUACGGAUCAUAACAUCCGUAUUGUGCAUCCUGCGAAAUUGUGUUUGGGCUGUUGAUUUGACCCUCUGUUAUUCUGCUCAAGACGUGUUGGCAUGCAGUUGCUGUGUAACCCGAACUAUGCUGUUCAAAACAGGCAGUGGACGUGUCAUAACUGAGUUGAGGCCUUGGUGAAAUGUGUUGCAGUGGUUACUACACUCUCGUUAAAACUGACAGGUGAUGCACUUCGAGGGUUCUUUCUAAA